UGGGAAAGAGAGAAGUUCUCCUCCAGACGCGCUCAUUCUCCUCUGUCCCAGAUCAGGACCAGGCGAGUUUUUUCGGACGGCUCCGCGGAGGAGGAUUUCUGACACAGCGGGGAUAUGAACGCACCGCGGCUGGAGGACGCGCGGCAGGCUUUCGCGGGAACGCUUGCGUAGAGGAGCCCGAUUUUUUGGUUUUUAUCCCGGACUGAUCCCGAGCAUGUUCUAGGCGCGUUUGAGGCUCCGAUCGCGGAGAUCUGCGAGGUCCGUGGAGAGACUGAGCGGCUCUCGCCCCGGUUCAGCAGCGCCGGUUCGGCGGGACGCGCUGGAGCCUGUGCGCUCAGAGAGAGAGGAGUGCGUAAAAAUAACAUUGGCUAAGACGCGCUCCAUUCCGCGGGCGCGCUGACAUUUCAAACGCCAGUUUGGGUGUUUGACAGAAUCCGAGCAGGCUGCCAUCCCAUCCUAUCCCGUUGCCAUGGUGACCCGCCGAAAAGUCCGAUGAGGAUACGGUUUUGCAGCGCACUUGGCACGCCUCACCUGAGCGAGUAUCCCUGAAAAACAGGCAGCCCAUGUCCCAUGUCAUUCCGGGCCACGCGGCCGUCUAUUAAAAGAUCUCGCUAUUUAUGCGCGGGUGUGUGAGGGCGCAGUGAGGGCCAACUCCACUCCGCAGACAGACAGAAGACGAGUCAUGGGCAGCAUCGCCCGCGCGUUGCCGCCGCCGCUGUUGCUGCUCCUGCUCCUGUGCGCGCAAGGCGCCGCGGCCCAGCACUUUCUGCGCCUGAGGCCCUCGCCCAGCGAGCAUCUGCCGGUCCCCGACCUCAAAGAGAUCCCCGAUCCGGAGCAGGACCCGCACGAGCAGGACCUCUCGGAGAAGACGCUGCGCAAGAAGAUAGGCAGCAACUUCGACCCCAGCUUCAUGUCCAUCCACCUGCCCACGCAGCUGAAUGCCAGCGCGCCGCCGGAGCUGCCGCGCCUGCCCAUGCCCGCCGACCUUAAGAAGCUCAACCUGACGGAGACGCCCUACGGCAGGCGCGUCAAGGUGGGGAAGAAGGCGCGGCGGAAGUUCCUGCAGUGGCUGUGGAUGUACACGCACUGUCCGGUGCUGUACACCUGGAAGGACCUGGGCGCGCGCUUCUGGCCGCGCUACAUCAAGGAGGGCAACUGCUUCAGCGAGCGCUCCUGCUCCUUCCCGGAGGGCAUGUCCUGCAAGCCGGUCAAGUCGGUGACCAAGACCCUCCUGCGGUGGUACUGCCAGGGCUUCCUGCGGCAGAAGUUCUGCACGUGGAUAUUGGUGCAGUACCCCAUCAUCUCCGAGUGCAAGUGCUCCUGCUGAGCAGAGAGAGAGAGAGAGAGAGAGAGAGAGAGAGAGAGAGAGAGAGAGAGAGAGAGAGGGAAUGAUUGCACUGUUUACCCACGGAUAGAGACGUGUGGCGCCACAUAGCGAAUCUAUUUUUUUAUACAUAUAUAUAUAUAGCUUUUUAAUUCAAAAUAUAUGACGGCAUAUGUACAUAUUUAAGUGAGAAGACGAAGAAGAAGAAGAAGAAGAAGAAUGCAGCUAUUUUUUUUGUUUUGUUUUGUUAAAGGAUCAGGACCAUAUUCUCACGAGGAGCACUUCGGCUCGUGGUUAUUUUUAUGAAAUUAUUGCCGAGACGCAAGAGAGAAGUUCACUUUCCUCAUUCGAACUCUAUUUAUAGAGACUGAAGAACACUAUGCCUAGAGGUUUUGUACAAAUAUUAAUAUCAAUAAUGAUGAUGAUGAUGAUGAUGAUGAUGAUUUUUAAAGAAAAGGGCUGGGCUGAAAGUUAUACACGUGAACUCAGCUUUUUUUUUCUCUUUUGGAAAUCAUAUAGUAUUUUAGUAAAAAAAAAAUGUGUACGUUUUAUUUAUUGUUUUAACGGUUGUGAGUAUAGAUAAAGAGAAGAGAAUAGAAUAUACCAGAAAUUCUACUUGAAAAAGUUCUAAAAAUGAAUUUAAGAGAAUAUUAAUAUUAAUAAUAAUAAUGAUAAACAUGUCCGUGUAAAUGCAAUGGUUUUAGCAAUAAAAUCUGUUCAACUUGGACUCAAGGAUCCGA